AUGGCGGCACUGGCGCCUGGAGCGACCGUCCUCAGCUCGUGUAUUGGAUGUCAAGCCGGAACCGAGUAUAUUCACAGGGAAAUUGAGGGCGGAAUCCAUCUGAUGACGUUCAUCGCCUUCAUCCUCGUUUCCGCCAAGGGAAUCAUUUUUGAGAAGCGCAUGAUCGGGGCACGACAACAUAUACCCACAAGAGAAUAUAUGGCAAUGGUCGUCCUAUUUUUCAUCGUCAAUCAAGCAAACAAUUACUCGCUAUAUUUUGACGUCAGCAUGCCGUUGUUCAUCAUUUUUAAAUCGGUAGGGCUCUUUACUGGCCAACCUCCUGCUCGCCAGGGUGAUACGACGACAGACGCACUCAUGGUCCAAGAUUUGCGCCAUUCUUGUCUUGCCAUCUUCACGUUGGCCUCUUCACUCAAGCGACCGGCAUGGUCGGCCCAGCCGCCAGAGUGGACGCGAUGGCUGCCGUUCCCCGCCUUCUGGAUCGGCGUUUUGCUGAUGUCGACGGCGCUCGUGCUCAGCGCGUAUCUGGGCAUCAUGCAAGAAGACUUGUUCCGCACCUACGGAAGGCAUCAUCAAGAAGCCCUGUUCUUCGUGGGGCUCGAUGCGAUGCAGAGCGACAUGGACUCGAGCCACCACCAACACACCACGGCGAUCCUGCAGGAGAUGAUGGCUCAAGUCGAAAGAGAUUACGAAGGCCCGGUCGCUCAUGAGGAAUUCAUCCGAUUCGAGAAGGAACCACGCCCUGAUGAUUCCUACGACCGUGUUAGUGACGACUCUGGGCUGAUCAAAGGGCUGGAGCCCCUGGAUGACAGCAAGGUGCUGCUGCCGGACGACCCGAAGCACGAUUUCGAGCUCAUCGAGAACAGCUCGAAGCAGUCUCCCAACAAGGCGCUCAUCGAGUUUUCUGAUGAGAUGAACGGGCCUGCCGAACCCAUCGCCAAUGACUCUGCUAUUCCAACGAAGCCCGAGCCGAAGCCAAUGACGACUUCUAUGUUUAUCGUCGACGAGCCGGUUCCGGAAAUCCACUUUCACGACUUCGAGUUGACUUCGGCGCUCAAGCUGUUUUCCUUGGUCGACGUGCGCCUGGUCCAUGGAUGGCUCCCCGAUCCGCAGCUCACCGAGCUCUGCGAGCUGCUCGAACCGCGCUCGUAUGUUGACGCAGCGAUCAAGGCACUGGAAGCCUCCAACCACGGGCUGAUCAUCAAGGAAUUCUUGGACAGCACGAAAAGCCAGCUGACUUACUAUGGCCUCGAACGUUUGAACCAUGAGCUGCAGGAUAACGAGGUGGCAGUUCUGUUCCGCAACAACCAUUUCUCUACGAUGUAUAAACGACGGGACGAACUUUUCCUCCUCUGUACCGACGAGGCCUUCGGCACCGAUAACCAGGUCGUCUGGGAGACGUUGUCGAAUGUGGAUGGUGAUUGUUACUUUGUCGAUUGGGAUUUCCGCACCUACUCAUCUGCCCCGAGUGAUUACGUCCCCGUGAGCGAUGAGCACCACAUUACCGACCAGCCGGGCUCUUCGGGGCAAAUGGAUUCUGAUGAGAGGCUGGCCCGGGCCCUCCAGGAAGAAGAACAUCGCGCAUCUCGCGAACGCUCCUCAGCUCACCGUACCCAAGAGAGUCAGACCCGUCAGAAGCCCACCAAGUGCAAAAAUAGCCACGAUUUUUCGGCGACGCGGAGCAAUAUCUGCCAAUAUUAUGUGCAGGGAAACUGUCAAUAUGGAACCCGUUGCCGCUACGACCACAUCAAGCCAAAAAAAGAGCCGAGGAAAGAUGAAGCACAAGGCCGCAAAGUGGCGGAAGCCUCGGGGUCCCGAAAGCUGCCGAAGCCCAUCCAACUCUGCGAUUUUGAGAAGAAAGCCAGCUCUUCCGGCCUAAAUGUCAACGCGCAAGAAUUCGUGCCUUCAUGGGUGACGUCUGAUCAACCCAAAAAUUACGCGAGCGCCGCCGGCUCGCGUCCAUCGCCGCAGAUUCGCCCGCUGUGCCCGUAUUUCGAAGAGAAUGGCGAAUGCAAAAAGGAGGACAUGUGCGAAUUUGUGCACGGCGAUAUGUGCUCGUACUGCAACAAAAACGCGCUUCACCCGUUCGACAACGAGCAGCGGUACAAGCACGAAAUGGUGCUCAUCGACUACUAUAGAGAAAAUACCGGCCAGAAGAUCUGCAGAUAUUACAAAGGUGCGACCAGGGCGGGAGAGGGAUGCCCAUUCGGAAAUAAGUGUUGGUAUCGGCAUCAGCUUCCCGAUGGCAGCAUUGAUCCCGGAGAGGAACCAGGGUCUCGCGUUCGCCCGAAGCUGCGCCACUUCCUCUUCCCGGAAGAUGAUGAGGAUGUGGAUGAUGACUCCGACUCCGAGUACCCGUUCCGAAUCUCGGCACUCGACGACAACAGCCUGAGCAUCGAGUCGCUGCUCCGCGAAUUGAUGCGACGC